GCCCGCCGCCGCGGGGUGAGGGCUCCCCGGCCGCCCCCGCCCGGCCAGGCCCCCGCCGCCAGCCGGCUCCCUGGUACCGGGGGCUGCUGGGGUUGUGUCCAAGGCCUCCCCCUCCCCCGCGUACACACUCACACACACAGGCACAGGCACACACUCACACUCACACACUCACACACACCCCAUCUCCUCCUGCCGCCGCCGCCGCCGCCGGAGAGAUCGGGGAUUGCCCGCGGCCCGGCCCCGCUCCCGGCUGCGCCCCGUGCACGGGCGCAUCGCAGCCCACGGGGGCUCGCCCGGCUGCCCCCGGGGCGGCGUGUGCGGGGCGGGGGGUGCGGGAGGGCGGGGGGACACACGGCGGCUCCCGCGGCGGCUCCCGAUGGCUCGUCCGCGGCCCCGAGAAUACAAGGCUGGAGACCUGGUGUUCGCCAAAAUGAAGGGGUACCCGCACUGGCCGGCCCGGAUUGAUGAACUCCCUGAAGGAGCCGUGAAGCCUCCAGCAAAUAAAUACCCCAUCUUCUUUUUUGGGACUCAUGAAACUGCGUUCCUGGGGCCCAAAGACCUUUUCCCAUAUAAAGAAUAUAAAGAUAAGUUUGGGAAGUCAAACAAGCGAAAAGGAUUUAAUGAAGGCCUGUGGGAAAUAGAAAACAACCCUGGAGUAAAGUUUACUGGAUAUCAGGCAAUUCAGCAACAGAGCUCAUCAGAAACUGAAGGAGAAGGAGGAAAUACAGCAGAUGCCAGCAGUGAGGAGGAAGGUGAUCGGGUAGAAGAGGAUGGAAAAGGAAAAAGAAAGAAUGAAAAAGCAGGCUCAAAACGGAAAAAAUCCUACACUUCAAAGAAAUCCUCCAAGCAGUCACGGAAAUCUCCUGGAGAUGAAGAUGAUAAGGACUGCAAAGAGGAAGAAAAUAAGAGCAGCUCCGAUGCUGGGGAUGCAGGCAAUGACACAAGAAACACUUCUUCAGAUUUGCAGAAAACCAGUGAAGGGACUUAACCAACAUAAUGACUGCUGACUAUUAAGGGAAAACACAAGAAGGUUACAUGUUUGGUUGUCUAAUAUUCUUGGAUUUGAUAUGAGUCAUCACAUCUGUUCAUUAGUAUCAUCAACAGCAUCCCAGUUUGUAUGCACAUUAUUCACAUUCCUAUCUGUUGUGUUUGCAGAAAUGACAUUUUACCCUUUUUUCUAAGGGUUACUUUUUGAUUUUCAUAUUAUUUGGUUGCAUGAAGUUGCCCUUUACCAGUGGCUGAGGUGUAUGAAGAUACCGCAUACUUGAACAUGUUCUCGAUUCCUUUUCUAGACAGAAAAGGUGUAACUCCAAAUUAUAUCAUUCUAAAUCAGCAUUUUUUAAAAACAAGUAAAACUUAGAAAUUAGUCCCCUCCAUCCAAUACUAUGAUAUCUUCCACGUACAAACAUGAGUUUAGAUUUCCCUAUAUCCAUAGUUCCUUGAUUUUUGAUCAGUUUAAAACAUAAAAGAAAAAUUCUUCAGUUGAAAUCACCGCCAAGUUCAAUAAUGUAAUAAAAUACCUUUCCUUAUUAGAAGUACCUAGCUAGUUAUACUCUUAAUACUUCUCAAAAUCAUGAUGUAAUGUACACUAUCUGACUUAGUUCCUAUAUGUGGAGUUAGUGAAAGUCUUUUUGUGUUUCUUUAGAUUAAUACAAGGAUUUUUUCCAAUGCCAACACAAUUUGAAAUCAUUCAUUUGGAUGCUUUCCAUUUUUAAGCUUACUGUGAUAUAGAACCCUAUGGGAAACCAAAAGAAAACAUCAAUUUUAAAUAACGAAAGGCUUAAAAAAGGAUGCUGUCAUUCUGGCUUUUUUUUUUUUUUUCCAUUUGGAAAUAGAACUAGACUAGUAAGUAAGCAUUCCAGAUCCAUUACUCUGUGUACAUUAUUGUUGCUAUUGUGAUAAUAGAGAUUUUUAUUUAUUUUUAUGCCAGCUUUUAUUGUGAAAACAUAUUUAGUCUGGUUUUAUCAAUCCUUGUUAUGCUUGUCCUUGGAACAUCUUUUGCGUAUUCAAGGUUUGUAGUUGAUGAGUUUACUGUAAAAAACUUAAAAAAAAAAAACACAACAAAAAAACAAAAAAGGAAAGAAAAAAGGAAACAAAAAAAUGUAUUGUUUUUACAGAAUAAAUUUAUUGGAAUGUG